AUGGAUGAAAGCAGCACACCUAUGGACUUCAGCACUCCUGUGGAUGUCAGCCCUCCUGUGGGUCUCAGGACUCCUGUGGAUCUCCGCAGCACUCCGGCUUGGGAGAUGGACAAGUUCAUAGAGGAUCAACUUCUUCCUGACUCUACAUUUCUUACUGAGGUCAGAGCAGACAUCAAAGUCAUAAGUGCUUUUCUGAAGGAGAGAUGCUUCCAAGGUGCCGCCCACCAUGUGAGGGUCUCCAGGGUUGUGUUGGGUGGCUCCUACAACGAACACACUGCGCUCAAGGGCAGGUCAGAGGCCAACAUGGUGGUGUUCUUUAACAAUCUCAUCAGCUUUGAGGAACAGGUACAGUGGCGUGGAGAGUUCCUUGAGGAAAUUCAGAAACACCUGUGCCAGUUGCAACAAGAGAGACAAUUUAAAGUGAAGUUUGAGAUCCAGAACUCAGAACAGCCGGACUCCAGGUCUCUGAACUUCAAGCUGAGCUCCCCUGAGCUCCAGCAGGAGAUAGAAUUUGAUGUGCAGCCAGCCUAUGAUGUCCUAUGUAAGUCAGCCAGCAGCAGCCUCAGCCUGCCCUUCCCCCAAAUCUACACCCAACUCAUCCAUGAGUGCACCACCCUGGAGAAGGAGGGUGAAUUCUCCAUCUGCUUCAUAGAGCUCCAGCAAAACUUCCUGGAGUAUCGUUCACCCAAUCUGAGGAAUCUCAUCCGUCUGGUCAAGCACUGGUAUCAACUGUGUAAGGAGAAGCUGAGGAAGCCACUGCCCCCACAGUACGCCCUGGAGCUGCUCACAGUCUAUGUCUGGGAACAUACGGAUGAAGAUCAACAUGAAACAGCCACAGCCAAGAGAUUCCGGACCAUCUUAGAACUGGUCGUCGAUUACAAGUUUCUUUUAAUCUACUGGACAUGGUAUUAUGACUUUCAUCCUCAAGAGGUAUCUGACUACCUGAACAGACAGAUUCAAAGAGACAGGCCCGUGAUCCUGGAUCCAACAGACCCUACAAGGAACGUGGCUGGUUCAAACUUAGAGGGCUGGAAUCUUUUGGCAAAAGAGGCAGAAUCCUGGAUGUAUUUCCAUUGCUUUAAGUACCGUGAUAUGUCCUUGAUGCCCACUUGUGAUUUCUCGACCUUCCCCAUCCCACACAGAAACUGUUCACCAGCUGCCCAUGGCCCUGAAGCCCUGGAAAUCCGGCCAGAGUGCAUCGAGGGGCACUGA